GAGCUAUACAUAUACCGCGAUUUUCCCAGUCGCGAUAGCUAGUCACUUCUCAAUUUCCAUCGACCCGCUAUGGUGCAGUACCUGACCGACCGCGUCUCCGUCGAGAGUCUCCCGAAGCUUAAACCCGACGAUGGAUCCGCAUAUCCGACAAGUUACGACGAGCUGAAGUCUCCAAACAACCCAGUUCAAUUGGAAGAUGGCAGUCUACGUCCAGCCAAUGGAUCUGUGUCAGCCUACAGCUGGGAGAACCUGGGUAUGUUGACUCAUAUCGCGGCUGUCGGAACGGUCUACGGCACAGUCAGUGGCGUCAUCUACUCCGUGUUAAAUAACUACCUGCACAUGUCGACCACUUUGGUUGCAACAGCUACAGCGCUCGUGACGUUCCCACGUGCUCUUCGGAUCUUCACGGGCAUGCUGACCGACACUUGUCCGAUCUUCGGAUAUCGGCGUCGGCCGUACAUGAUCAUCGGUUGGUCUCUCUCGUUCAUCUCCUGUCUUUUGAUGGCGGCGCUACCUCUAGGAGAUCCUUACUACGGAGACCCGUCACUGUCCGAUAUUGCGCUAGUUGAUAUGACGCCCGAGCAACUUGCAACAUUGAAUGCAGACGCUCCAAGUCGCGGUGUCAAGCUCAUUAUUCUAAUGAUGAUCGCGAAUUUUGGCUCCGUCAUGGCUUAUAGCGGAUUCAACGGAGCACUAAUGGACGCCUCGCAACGUGAACCGGAAGCUACUCGUGGUACUCUCAUUGGUGAUGUGAUUGUGAUCCACUACGUAUUUAUGGUCGUAUCUUCAUUCAUGACGGGCAUUGGGCUGAACGGUGAAGACUACGGUGGCACCUUCUCAUGGACGAUGGGAUUCAACGCCGUCAUGUGGGUCUGCGCUGCAGCUUCAUUUCUCACGAUUCCGUUCUCGUGGUACUGCGUCCAAGAGGUGAAGAACGAACGCGCUCAGAUGCCUAUCCUUCCGUUCCUUUACGAUGUAUUCCAGCAAGAAGUCAUCUACCGAUACUCUGCGUUCCGUUUCUGCUUCAGCGUGUUCUCCCAGAUCACAGUGACGGCGUCGAGUGUGAUUCAAAGUGACUGGGCAAAAGUGGAGCCGCUCAACUCGGGGAUCGCCAAUAUGCUCACCGCUUUCCUAACAAUAAGCGGUACUUACCUGAUUAAGAAGCGAGGUCUGCACUGGAAUUGGCGAUACAUUAUUAUCGUCUGUGAGGUCUGCGUUGUUUGCAUCGACGCUAUUCCUACUUUGCUCACGAUCUGGAACGUGUACCGUAGUCAGUGGUUUUGGCUGGGAGUUCCUCUGGUGGGUGAGGUUCCUUUCGCUGCUGCCGACUACGUCGCUCAACUGUUGAUCCUCGAAAUUGGUAACCAAAAGGGUUUUGAAGCCACUCUUCUCGGCUUAGGAGUCACAACCGAAUCCGUUGGAACCCCGUUUGCCACUGUAAUUACCAAAUCUGUGGACGGAUAUUUCGACAUCGAACGAUCCUUCAUUGAGCAGGACAACCAUCACGUGAGAUCGCAAGUCACGUACACGCAUCUGAUUGCGUACGCGUUCAACUUGCUGUCAAUUGGUGCUGUGUUCUGGUUGCCGAAGCAGAAGGAGGACGUGCACGAAAUGCAGAGGCAAAACCGCAAGAGCAAAUUCUUCGGCAUUUUGACAAUGAGCUACCUUAUCUUUUCGCUGGCGUGGUCGCUGAUGACCAACAUUCUCAGUCUCUUUGACUCUACGAGCUGUUUGAGAAUUGCCGGUGGCAGUGGAUGUUAACGUUUCGUUUACCUUGUACUACUUGUAGUUCAUAACUUUGACUUCUUUAAUAUAGUAUAAAAAACAAGGGGCUUAUUUUGCCGACAGAAUGCUC